AUGUACUUUGCUCCUCCUCUUCCUUCAACCUCUGCCUCUUCCGUCGGCCUUCCCUUCUCUGCUGGUCUGCACCUAGCAUCCCGGCUCUACUAUCUUCUUCGUACUCAGUGGGCUGAGCUCCAGGCUACGGCAAGCGCCGUCUCAGCCUCCAGUGUCACUUGCCUUAAAGGUUCCGCACAGAUUAACUUGGUCUCGCCUUCUGACGAAGUCAAAUUUGAACCUACUGUCUCCUUUCCUAUUCUUCAACUUGGUUGCAAUCUCGAGUUCAUCACUUCCUCGCCUCAUAAAGCCAGCUUUGUUAGCCGCGCAACAGCCAGCCUAGUCUGGCCACAGCUUAUCACCUUUCCUAACUCACCAAGUCACCUUCAUUCUUAUGCAAGACAUUCUUCUAGUCGUACUAUUUAUUAUAAGAAUACAAAUUCUAAUUCCAAUAGUGGUAGCAAUGAUGCAAACAGUUUUAGAACGGUAGGCUCUUCUCUUUUUUCUGGCUCAACCGAGCCUAAUCCUCCAUCAAGUCCUGGCUCAGGCGAUUCUUUCAAGUUGCCAAACCCACCUUCAUCUGCCCCUCAGAUGUCAGAAAAAAUUUUCCCCAGAUCGCUCGCGAAUUCAUUCAUGGUUCGAUGUGUCCUGCUAUCCGGCUCAUCUGAAGCCGGUUUCCAGAAACCGUGGGCUGCGAUAGUGAACAAUACAACAAGAAAGCCGUUUCCUCCUUCCGGACCCCAGUUUGGUACUUUUGCGCGCCUCUUGCUGCCGUUAGCAGUGCCAGGCGAAACUGUCGAUUGCGUCCUUAAGCUGGCCAAUCCAUCGACACGCCCAUUGCUCGUGCAGCCUAUCCUCUUAGACAGCCUGUUGCACCAUUCGGAAGCUACUUCAACACCAUUCGAGUCAGCCAUGAUGCUCAAACGCAAAGAAUGGUUCACCAGACUUCUGGAAUCAGUCCAAAUACCAUUGGGCGGCCCAUCUAGUAUGAUUAGUACCGCCUACGGUAUUUUUAAUCUACAGGCUGUGGCUCCUUUCACACUCUACCCUAUUGAACUCACUCCUGUCCAACGAUUGAUGCCCUCCUGUUGCCCUGUUUUUCUGCUAUCUCCAGCUUCUCCUUUAGCCCGUAACUCAUCUGCUUCGGCUGGCUCCAGGCUUAAUUUAAGAAUCACAUUUCAGGCCUUUGCUCGUUCACUUAAGGAGGGGCAAAACAAUUACGGUGACUCCGUCUUUUCUGCGACGUCAACUUCGACUCGCUCAGAAGAAGAAAGGCAGGAAAACUCUUCUUAUGAGACCUCUUCUCUAGUUACGAGCAACCUCCUGCUAAUUAGGAAUAACUUAACUUCUCUUGAGCCUCUUUUGCUACAUUCACAGGUGAAUUUAGAUCUCGUUACCUUUAUUUUUAUAAGAAAGAGUCUAUAUCUAUCUCCUCGCACUGUAUUAUUCAACAGUAAAGCUAAUGACUAA